GUAGCACAUAAUCCUUUGCAAUUUGUCACCGCACAGUCAGGCGCAACUGCUUUAUGUGAACAAGCUAAACAGCAACUUAUCAUAUCCGAUCAACAAAAAAGGAUACGUGAUGAAGUUCGCAAAAAUAUGUGUAAGGAUGAUGAAGAUGAGGCAGGAUGGCAAUCAAACCUGGAUUCAUGGUUGUCAAAACGAAAAUCAGCUAUAUUAAGAUGGAAAGAUGAUAAUAUUUCCAAUAGAAAUAAAGAACGGGAAGAUAUUGCUCAAAGUAAAAGAGUUCAACAACAACAGCAUGAACAACAACAGUCAAAAAGCGAUAACAUCACUGAGUCAAGAAAGGUUAACAAGUUUUAA